CUGGCGCUCCUCGGGUCAGGGGGCGAGCCGUCCCGUGGAACUUGGGGCUCACUUGCACCAGGUUAGGCGAGGACUCGGGGUGCCCCCGGCCCCCAGUGGUGCACAGCAGCCGCUGUUUUCACCGUGCGGGGAAGAGUUGGCAGAAACUCUGCUCAAGCUCCCCUGUAAGCGUUCUUUUGAAGAGAUUUUAAUUUAAUUUGAAAAUGAGUAAGUGCAGAAAGCCUCCAAUGGGUUCAGGUCCUGAGACAUUCAGCCCAGAUGUUCUUGCUGACAUUGUCGAACUGUUUGCCAAAAACUUUUCUUACGGCAAGCCACUUAAUGAGUGGCAGUUACCAGAUAUGAGUGAGAUUUUCACCUGUGACCACAUGGAAUUUAAUGCAUUUCUUGAUUUGAAGAACUCACUAAAUGAAGUAAAAAAUCUACUGAGUGAUAAGAAACUGGAUGAAUGGCAUGAACACACUGCUUUCACUAAUAAAGCGGGAAAAAUAAUUUCUCAUGUGAGAAAAUCUGUGAAUGCCGAGCUUUGCACUCAAGCAUGGUGUAAGUUUCACGAGAUCCUGUGCAGCUUCCCGCUUAUUCCACAGGAUGCUUUUCAGGAUGGAAAACUGAACACCCUACACCUUUGUGAAGCUCCUGGAGCUUUUAUAGCUAGUCUCAAUCACUACUUAAAAUCCCACCGAUUCCCCUGUGAGUGGAGUUGGGUAGCUAAUACCCUGAAUCCAUACCACGAAGCAAAUGAUAAUCUUACGAUGAUUAUGGAUGACCGACUUAUUGCAAAUACCUUGCAUUGGUGGUACUUUGGUCCUGAUAACACUGGUGAUAUCAUGACCUCGAAAUAUCUCACUGGACUUCAGAAUUUUACAAGCACCAUGGAUACCAUUCACUUGAUCACUGCCGAUGGGAGUUUUGAUUGCCAGGGAAAUCCCGGUGAACAAGAAGCUUUAGUCUCUUCUUUGCAUUACUGUGAAGCUGUCACUGCUCUGAUGACUCUUGGGAAUGGUGGCUCUUUUGUUCUGAAGAUGUUUACUUUGUUUGAACAUUGUUCCAUAAACCUGAUGUACCUGCUGAACUGUUCCUUUGAGCAAGUCCAUGUUUUCAAACCUGCCACCAGCAAGGCAGGAAACUCGGAAGUCUAUGUGGUAUGUCUUCACUAUAAGGGACGAGAAGCCAUCUACCCUCUGUUAUCGAAGAUGGUGCUGAAUUUUGGGACUGACAUGACCAGGAAAGCUCUCUUUCCCCAUCAUGUCAUUCCCAAGUCUUUUCUUAAGAAGCAUGAAGAAUGUUGUGUGUUCUUUCAUAAAUAUCAGCUACAGACUAUUUCUGAGAACAUUCGUCUGUUUGAGUGCAUGGGAAAAGAGGAACAAGCAAAGCUGAAUAAUUUAAGGGACUGUGCUGUUCAGCAUUUCAUGCAAAAGUUUCAAUUGAAGCCUCUUUCUAGAAAUAAUUGGCUAGUAAAAAAAUCUAAUAUUGGUUGUAGUACAAAUACAAAAUGGUUUGGGCAGAGGAACAGAUAUUUUAGGACCUAUAAUGAAAGGAAGGUACUGGAAACUCUUUCAUGGAAAGAUAAGGUGGCGAAAGGAUACUUUAAUAGUUGGGCUGAAGAGCAUGCUGCCUAUCACCCUGGGCAAGGGGCUUUUUUGGAGGGAACAGCUUCUAACCUUGAGUGUCACUUAUGGCAGGUUUUAGAGGGAAAGAAACUGCCAAAAGUAAAGUGCUCUCCUUUCUGUGAUGGUGAAAUUUUAAAGGCUCUUAAUGAAGCCAUUGAAAAAUCACUAGGAGGAGCUUGGAAUUUGGAUCCCAGUUUUAGGCCCAAGCAGCAGUAUUAUUGUUCUUGUCACGUUUUUUCUGAGGAAAUGAUAUUUUCUGAGUUGUUUAGCCUGGCCAGGGACCUUCAGGACGAGCAGCUUGUAGAACCCAGCAGCCAGGUAAAGUGUCUGCUUGUUGGUUUUUCAGCUCUUCAUGAUACCAAGAUACAUUUGCCGUUGGAAAUUGUCCGGGAAUCAGCUGAACUCACGACUUUUAGUUGUUCGUUGCUUCACGAUGGAGACCCAGCUUACCAGCGGUUGUUUUUGAACUGCCUUCUGCAUUCAUUGCAGCAGCUUCAUACCGGAGAUGCUAUGGUUUUGCCUGUGCUGUCUUGUUUUACAAGGUUUAUGGCUGGUUUGGUUUUUGUCCUCCACAGCUGUUUCAGAUUCAUCACAUUUUCUUGUCCCACGUCCUCUGAGCCCCUGAGAACAUGUGCAGUUCUGCUCUGUGUCGGUUAUCAGGGCCUCCCAAAUCCAGUGUUCCAGUAUCUGCAGAAUGUGAGCGACUUGUUGAGUGCUCUGCUCCACUCUGAUGCACCCCAGCAGGUUUUACAGUUUGUCCCAAUGGAGGUGCUUCUCAACGGGGCACUACUUGAUUUUUUGUGGGAUUUGAAUGCCGCCAUUGCAAAAAGGCAUUUGCAUUUGAUUAUUCAAGGAGAGCGAGAAAAAAUCACCAGCAAUCUUGAGUUAUGAACUUGAACUUACCCUUUCUGGGAUUCAACUUUAUGGCUUCUUAUAGUUUCCAGUGAAAUGUUACUGCAUUCCUUUGCUCUGUUUAUUUAAAAACUUACAUUUUGGGGAAAGAUCAACUUUUGCAUCAUUUCAAGUCUCAUUAUUUCUGGAAAACCAUUAUCUAAUUCUGAUCUCUAGGUUACUUACACCCACAGUUUCCCUGUGGUGGGAUCUAUGUAGCGAUAAUAUUCAACCUGUCCUAUGCCCUUGGGGUGGACAUACUUCUGGUUGCGUAUGCAGCUCGGGUGGUCUGAGUUUUCUGCUUACAGUUUGCACCUGUGUGCCUUAAUUCAGAAUAGAUUUUUUUCUCAAUGAAUUUCCUCUUAAUGGCAAAUUCUGUUAAUGAAUUGAUAGAGGUGUUUGAUGGAAGGAGGUGAUUCACUCUUCAACUAUACAGCCCUUAACGUUGACCAUAUCACUUACGGAUUCAGGGAACUCAUCUUGCCAGAUUUCUUGACAUAGGCCAUUCAUAUUCUCUUUAAACCACUCACCCAGUUGACUUUUGAGGUUCAGAUUCAGCCAAUGUGCUGUGGUAUGAAUAUUUACCACCCGUAGUCAUCCAACUGGAAAGGAUGUCAGGACAGCUUCAAACCAAAGAUCAUGUUUAAAACAACGAAAAUUGUGUCUAAUUAUUUCUGUAUCGUGAAAAACUUCAUUUAGCAAUGAUGAGGUGAUAUUUAACUUCCAGGAAAUAAUCUGUGGAAUAAAAGAUUUUUAAAUUGCAAAAUAAUGUUUAUGAUCUCUUAUGAAUGUGCUGAAUUUAGUGAAUAACUGAAGGAAAAUUUUAACAUUUUCAGAUUUUUUUCAGCUUUUAACAUUUUUUUCUUAAAUCACUUUAUGAUGUAAGCAUUUAUAACAAUAUUAAAUAUAUGUAUGUAUAAAUGUCUUGUUAUAUACAUUAACCAUUUAGUAUAAUUACGUAAAUAGGGAUGACUUGGAGUUUCCUAGCACUACACGAAGCUUCUUAUUAAACUUUGGGCACAGUUUGUAUUAGCGCUUCACCUUAAUCUCCUCUCAUAUUUGGUCUUCAGCUCUGGUCACUGCUUCUAUAGGACAUUCUUCUCCAUUGUCCCUCAUGCUUUUUAAAACUGGGUGUAACACCAAUUCUACUUUUAUUUCUUAUUUUGUGUAUUUUUUGAGAAAAUACAGUGGGUUCCCAUCUGGGGUGUUUUUCUUUCUUCCUUUUCUUUUGAAAAAUUUUUGGCUUGUUUCAUUUUCAGUAUUUCUAUUAAGCUUUGAAAGCAAACCAUCCUACUUCACACAACCUAGAAAAACAAACCCCAGGCGGCAGAGGAGGGUAAGGAAAUGCCCUCAGCAAAGAGACGUGUUAGUGGGCUGCCUUGGGUUGGCAUAGUAGCUCAGGGAAUCAGUGGUCACCUCAGAGUAGCCUGCAGGGGAGAGGGUGGCCCCAUCCCUACUCCUGGUGGUCCCGGGCAGGCCAGUGGGGUCAACCCCUGCUUACCUACCUCAGCUCAGGGCCCCCCCAGGGGGUGGGCAUUGGCAGUGCUGUGAAUCUGGAUACACCCGGGACUUCCUUCGUUCUGAACAGUAAAAUAACACAACCUUGCAUUUGCAUAACUCCAUUUGAGUCUCACAGCUGAAUAAAACAAGAGGAUGGCAUUUCACUAUUUUACAAUUGGAAAAAGUCCCAGUGAUUUCCAGAUGUCUUUUUCACCUCCCACAAUUCCACCACUCCUUUCCAGAGCUCUCCCUAUUUAAGUUAUAGGUUCUUUGAAGCAAGAAACAAAUGUUUGGGUUUUUUUUUUUUUUGGCUUCUUAAAACAUUUUAUAUUUUUUAUAAUUAAGUUUUAAUUGAGGGAAUAUUGGGGUACUCCCAUCAAGUAUAACUGCCACAGUGCACCCACCACCAACUAUCUUUACUAAUUUCUUAUGAAGAUAGUACUUCACCCAAAGAAUAUGAGAUGACUCUUUUACCAGUUAUGUUUGAUUUCUUUUGAAUUGCAUAUAUUUGACAGUGUAAAUGAGCUUUUCUGGAAAACUGUUAAGCAAAUAUUCAUUACACUGAAAUGCUGCAAAGUGAAGAAUAUGUUCUCAUGUGUGCAUUUUAGACAUUUUUGUUAUAUGAAAAAUAGAUGUAUUCUCUGAUGUAUUUGGUUGAUAAAUAUUAAUCUGAAAUUUUUUCAUGUUCUUUGCCAUUUUGAAUUCCAUUAUAGAUUCAUGAAUAAAGUCAUUAGCAGAAAGAUUUUGUGUUCAUCUUUUAAAAAGAGAAUCUUUUAAAAGAAGUUAAAAAUACUGCUUGGAAACAGAUUUUUUAAAAGGAAGGUUUGAAUGGGAGUUAAUGUUCCUUCAUUUCCUCUGAUUUGUAUUCAUUAAAAUUUAGUCCUUAAUAUUGUAAUAUUUAUGGAAGCUCUACUUUGGGAAAGAAAGUGAAUACUUAAGGGAGAGAGGGGUGAGUGUAGAUUUAGUUCUUACCAGAAAAGUAUGGUGACCAGGCUGUAGAUUUCUGAAAGAAGUGUGUUUUUUCUAUUGGUGACUAUGGAAGCAGUUCUGUGUAAUGCUGGACGUCUGAUAGAAAAUUAGUUAGCAAGAGAUAAUUAAAAAUCACUCAUGGAAAGCCAUUUUGCACUUAAUAGUCUUCACACCUUGCUAGGUUUGAUCCAGUAUAAUACAGUUUAUUUUUACUUAUUUUAACUAUUUGACUAGAAUAAAGUUGAAAGCCUAGGUCCAGAUUCUGGCAUUUAAAGCUUUCAGUUAAGUAUUGAAUACUUAACUAUUUUAUUACUGAUCUCUACUGGAAUAUAUAUCCCAUACUGGACUAUGCUAGUAUAUUUUGAUUUUUAACCUGGAUUUUGGAAUCAGUUGCACUUCAUCUGAUUUUUGGAUUAAGAUUUGUUGUAGAAGUAUGAUAUGACUUGAAGAUUCUUAUUGAACUGGUUGUAGAUGAUAGGUACCAAUGAAUUACAGAAUUUUCUCUUUGAGAAUACGAGGGGGAAACGCUGUUGGAAAAAAUGAAUGAGAAAAAAUAGAAGAUAGUUGAGAGAUGGUUUGUAUAGUUUAUCAAGAUGUUGUCCUUUAAAAAAAAUUGUUAUGGGUAGACCUUGAAGUUUUUAAUUGUGAUGCUUUUUGAAAAGAAAUUUUAGUAGCCAGACAAUGUAAACUUCACAUAUGUGUUUCCUAGGAGAUUUUAGGUGUCAAAGAGGUCUGACAUAUUUAAUUUCUUCAAUAUUAAUUUUUUCACUAAGAAAAAUAUAGUGAAGGCUUUUGCAUAUUUUCCUAAUGUUACUUAAAUAAGUGAGUUAAAAAUAUCUUCUGAAAUUUAAAAUCUUACGUAUGUGUACUGUACACCCAUCUUUAAAAGGUUUUUGGUUUUUUUUGGGCUUGAAGACAUUUGUAUUUUUUUCCGACUCCAAAGAUCUUGAAGUGAUGAAAGAAGCAAGUUCAAAAUGUUAAAUGAGAGGAAAAACCUGUUUAUUGGUGCUUUUGUUAUUUUACUUAUCUUUGAUGAUUAUACUAGGCCUUUAGAAGUAUUUAAACCUUAUCUUGCAUUUCCAGAUGAGAUCAUUAAUUGAGUAGUUUUAAAUUAGUUUCAGUGCAUAGUGUGGGUAUAUGAAAUCAGUUACCCUCUCACAUUUUUUAAAAAAUUUAUUUAUUUAUACAAACACUGGGUACAGUCAGAAGCGCAGGAGGGUGAGAGAAUUCACCAGAGCCAGAGCGGGGAACAGAACAGGCAGACUGACAAAAUACACUGCUGAGGGGAGCAGCGGGCGCGGCAGGAGAGGUCUGCGCGCCAUGCG